AUGUUACUGUCAGAAAGAAAUAAUAGUGGGGUCACGUUCACCCUCUUGGGCUUCUCAGAUUACCCAGAACUGACAGUCCCUCUCUUCUUGGUGUUUCUCACCAUCUACAGCAUCACUAUGGUAGGAAAUAUUGGCAUGAUCCUCAUCAUCAGGAUUAACUCCAAACUGCACACCCCCAUGUACUUCUUCCUCAGCCACCUCUCCUUUGUGGACUUCUGUUAUUCCUCCAUCAUUGCUCCAAAGAUGUUGGCGAACCUGGUUGCAAAAGACAGAACCAUCUCAUUUAUAGAAUGUAUAGUACAAUACUUUUUAUUUUGUGUCUUUGUGGUAACUGAAGCCUUUUUAUUAGUUGUUAUGGCAUAUGACCGGUUUGUGGCCAUCUGCAACCCUCUGCUCUACACAGUAGUUAUGUCCCAGAAACUCUGUGUCACACUGGUGAUGGGAUCAUACGCAUGGGGCUUCACAUGUUCCUUAACACUAACGUGUUCUGUUGUACAAUUAUCUUUUUAUGGAGUCAAUAGAAUUGACCAUUUCUUCUGUGAAUUCUCCUCACUGGUAGUCCUUUCUUCCUCUGAUACUCACAUUAGUGAAUUGUUGCUCUUCAUUUUUGCCACAUUUAAUGCUGUCAGCACACUCAUCAUCAUCAUUUUGUCUUACCUGCUCAUUGUUGUUACUGUCCUCAAGAUGCAUUCAGCCAGUGGGCUUCGUAAGGCAUUCUCCACUUGUGCAUCCCACCUGACAGCCAUCACCAUUUUCCAUGGUACCAUUUUAUUCCUUUUUUGUGUGCCCAAUUCUAAGAACACCAGGCUCACAAUCAAAGUGGCCUCUGUGUUUUAUACAGUGGUGAUCCCCAUGCUGAAUCCUCUGAUCUACAGUCUUAGAAAUAAGGAUGUCCAAGACACAGUCACCAAGAUAGUGAGCAUGAUACCAAGUGUAAAAGAUGAUAGACACAAUUAA